GGGCCAUGCCCUCUCCUCAUUGCUGUCGUCAGUCCGAAGCCUGAAGACCUGCACCUCCAGGUUCAACUCCAGCUUCUUCUCCACUGCCGUCAGGUUCUUGAACAGACCUGAAAAACACAAACUCUACCUCAGACUAUAUUUCCCUCAACUUGCACUAAUGUCAUUUCAUUUAUUGAGUACUGCAAACUGUCAGCUGUGGAGAUUACAACAGAUGGCAGCAAGGAGUGAGAGGAGCCCACCAAACUCAUUAGAAUCCCAAGCGCAGGGGAAUCGCACUGGUUUUCCUAAAGAAAUUUUGGCAGCUAAGGUUGAGGGGAAGUACCUGUGCUUCGAGUGUCGCGGGAUCCUGAGAAAACCCUUCCAGGCACAAUGUGGUCACCGCUACUGUGCCUCCUGUCUAAAGGGGAUUGUCAGCACUGGCCCACAGAAGUGUGCAGCCUGCAUUGAAGAAAACAUUUAUGAAGAACCACUGUCUCUUUUGGAUGCCAAUUCAGCUUUCCCAGACAAUGCAGCGCGCAGGGAGCUGGACAACCUGCCUGCAGUUUGUAGCAAUGAGAGCUGCCCGUGGAAGGGCACCAUCAAGGAAUAUGAGGCUAACCAUGAGGGAAGGUGUGAGUUUGUCUUGAUGCCUUGUGAAGCAUGCAGCAAGAAGGUGCGCCAGGUCGAUUUACCUCGGCAUUUGGAGCGAGAAUGUCCUGAAAGAAACCUCAACUGCAAAUUCUGCAAAAUGUCGUUCCACCACAAGGAUAUAAAGGCUCAUGAUGAAAUAUGUUCCAAGUACCCAUUAAUGUGUGAAUGGUGUGGGAAAAAAAAGAUUCCAAGAGAAAAGUACGCCGAUCACAUUCGAUCAUGUGGGAAGGUGAAACUCCUUUGUCGAUUCAACCAGAUUGGCUGUGAAAUGGCAGUUGAGAAGGAGAAAUUAAUUGAGCACGAGAGUCUGUGUAUGGUGGAGCACCUCCGCCUGAUGCUGCAGCAUGUUAUGGGAAUGAAGAGUACAAUAGAAAGCUUGCAACCUCAGAACCUGCAGCAGGGCAACAUUAAAGUAAACCAGCUGCUGACGUCCAUUCAACAAAUAGAGGAAUCUAUUCGGCCGUUCUGCUCUCUCCCUCUCAGUCAGCAGGGCAUCUCCUCCCCUGGGGUCUUGGGGAAACCUUGUGCAUCUGAAAAGCUAGAAGAUGUACAAAAGCGAUGUGACGCUCUUAAACACAAAGCUGAAACGUUUGAAAAUAUUGUUUGUGUUCUCAACCGGGAAGUGGAGAGAGCCUCUGUGAGCAUGGCAGCUUACGAACAGCAGCACAAACUGGACCAGGAAAAGAUUGAAGACUUGCAGAUGAAGGUCCGUCAGAUGGAGCAUGCGGCAGCCCUGAAGGACCUGGCCAUUGCAGAGCUGGAACUGAAGCUGCAGGCACUCGAGUUCAGCACCUACAAUGGAAUUUUCAUCUGGAAAAUAGCAGAUUUCAGCAGAAGACGGCAGGAUGCGAAAUCCCAGAGGUCACCGGCCAUAUUCUCACCAGCCUUCUACACGAGUAAGUACGGGUACAAGAUGUGCAUGCGUAUCUACCUGAAUGGCGAUGGUGUGGGCCGUGGCUCCCACUUGUCCCUCUUCUUCGUCAUUAUGAAGGGAAACUACGAUGGAUUGCUCAGAUGGCCGUUCAGACAAAAGGUGACCCUUAUGCUGCUGGACCAGACCAACCGUGAACACAUUAUUGAUGCAUUCCGACCGGACGUCAGUUCAUCCUCUUUCCAGAGACCCGUCAGUGAGAUGAACAUUGCCAGUGGAUGCCCUCUGUUCUGUGCACUUACCAAACUAGACGGCAAGAAUAAUUAUGUGUGUGACGACAGCAUUUUCAUCAAGGUGCUGCUCGACCUGCUGAGUUCCUCCAGCAGAUUGAUUGUAUUUCCAAGCUGAGGUUGGAAAACGUACAGGAUUAAUGGUGAGAGGUGGGAUGGUUAUCUCAGUGACUGAUGUGACUUAUAAUGGUCAAAUGAAAUGAAAAGUGCAGUGUUCUAAUGUCCAGGACUUAUUCUAAGUCCUAGUGAAAGUAUGACCUGAAUCUACUGUAUAAUCCUGUCAGCAUCAACAGUGAUGACCUGAAUCUACUGUAUACUCCUGUCAGCAUCACAGUGCCUCGCUCAGCUCUACUCAAUCAACUGCACUGCAGCAAAAAAUAAGCUUGCAAUACACGAUGAGUCUUCAAAAUCAUUUGCUGUUUCUACUUCAGUAGAUGUAGAGAUGGACAUUUGAGUAUCUCUACAUUUUGGUGGCUGCAUAUCCAGAUGCAGCUGUUGCUUGUUUCUCUUUGAGCAACUAUACAAAAGUGCAGCCAAGUAACCUCAUCUGGAAGUGAAUAGAUUGCUUGGUUUUUGCAAUUUAGCCAACAUCCUGAAUGUUUGGUGUUUUUUAUUGUUACAGUUUGAGGUAUGCAGAGGUGGGGGAAGCCUGUUUCAACAAGCGGUUCAGCAAAAAAGUCCUGACAAUUGUUUUCUGUGUAAUGUUUUGUAUUGCACACCACAAGUUCACUAUCUCUCUCAUUCUAAUCAGUUAUCUCAUUCUAUUCAUCUGCUAAUUCACCUCUUCUUAAAAAGUACGUAUGCUGUACUCAAAUCACGCCUACUGUGGUAGCGAUUGCCACGCAAACUCUGAGAAAACACAUUUCUACUAUAUUUGUGGUCUGGUUUGGACUUCCCCACAACUGGCAUUCUUUCUGUCUAACCUAUUUAUUCCACUGUAAAGAAUCUGCCCAUCAGGUCAAGAGGCUUUUGGAGUCGCAUGAAUAUGCAGGGAAUAGAGGGAUAUGUAUCAUUUGCAGGCUGAAGGGAUUAGUUUAAUUUGGCAUCAUGCUCUGCACAAAUAUGGUGGGCUAAAGGGCCUGUUCUUGUGCUGUCCUGAACUGUUCUGUUCUUAGGUCAAACUGUUAACCAUUCUAAAGCACUCUGUCCAGUUCAGUUAUGCCUGAUCAAUGACCGACAAGAAGUUGAAAAGGCUACAUAUCACCUAUACAAGCCUCUGGAAUAGAUUGUAUCUAUGCUGAAGUUCUAAACUUGGUGUGGAACCUCAGUCAAAAUCCAUAAUGUGGGAACCUCAGAGAUACUGUAAUCAUUCUGACUAUGGCAACUAGAGUGGUCUCCCUGCUGCCACAGGAAAGGGUACAGGGUCCUCCUCAGCCAACACCGAGUGGGCAGAGAGCUGCUCUCCAAAUCACUUUGUGGAUUCGAUCCACCUGGAUGUGAUCUUCACUGUGUGGCAACAAAAAAAAAUGCAGGGAGCAGUACCACAUGGCUGCCUUCAAUCUCAGUAAAACCUUUUACUCUGUCAAUUUACAGAAACUAUAGAACAUUCCAAAUACUUGUACUCUCAAUGUUUCAAUAACCUUACUGUAUCAUGUCCUGUCCCCUUAGGGUGCAAGCCAUUAAUGUUGUCAGUUAACAGAAGGCUCUGAUGUGUUGAGCUCAGCUGCAGUGAGCAGAGAGUCUCUAAUACACUUCCAGUGACCAAGAAUUUUGGGGCACCUUUGCCAGGAUUGCAGGACUAGUGCAGAUUUACUGAAGUGUAUUCAAAGAACAGGGAGGCAAUAUCUAGUGGCACAGCUGCUUCUUCACAGCUCCAGCAACCUGGGUUAAACCCUGACCUUGUUGCUAUCCAUGUGGAGUUUGCAUGUCUCUGUGUGGGUUUCCUCCAGCAUACCAAAGAUUGGUAGGUUAAUUGUAUAUUUUAAAUUGGCCUUUGUGUAGAAUCAGUGUGUGUUUGGGGGGGGUGGGGGGGGAAGAAGGUGGGUGGAGUUGAUGAGUGGAUAUGGAGAAUAAAGUGGGAUUAGUGUAAAUAAUGUGUGCUUGAUGGUAGGUGCAAACUCAGUGGGCCAAAGGGUCUGCUUCCAUACUGUAUGACUACUAAUUUCAGUUACCACCAUAGAGUAUGUGCCCAGAGCAUGAGGGCAGUUUUUGGCUCUUAUCCAGAAUGUGCUGUGGAAACAUUUUAACAAUGUUUUCUUGGCAUCUGGGCACCUUGCUUCAUUUGGCAUUAGGUUCUAUCUACUAUCUGCAUAUUUGAGACAACUGACCAGUUUGCUAAGGCAGUUGAGAACCAGCCAUGCUGUGGGACUGAAGUUUAUGGAAGAUCGGGUUUCCUCCCCAUUUGCGAUUUUACAGCCUUACAACUGCAUAACUGUUUCCACUGAUACCAAAUUAUAUUUUUGUAUUUUUAAACAAAUUAAAUGGUGAAAUUUGGGGUAAACACCCCACUAUCUGAGCU